AUGGCGACCGAGACCCCCGAUAUGUUAGACAAAAAGGUUGCGCCCUCUGUCGCGGUCAGCGAAGUACCCGGCAGCCACGGUAGCCAAGCGUCGUUGAACUCAACACUGGCGGUUGAUAUGGUCAAUGUGGCCGACAAUGAAAAAGAAGAAAAAAAACGAUUCUUUGCCAAACCCUGGGGAAGGCGCCAGAUCGGGGCAAUUUGCGCAUUGGGGUUUGUCGCAUUCACCCUCAGCGCACUUGUUAUUGCGCUCCCGAUUUACUAUGUCAAGAUCUACGGCUAUGCGAAAGAUACAGACGACCACUGGAAGCUGCCUCAGCCAAAUGAAGAUUCGAGUUAUCAUGUCAAGGAAAAUGCGCCUCAAUUUGCCCUGCACAAUUUCCCAGACCCGGGCCUUAUCCAGCACAAUGAUAUUUGGUACGCCUAUGGAACCAAUCCCAAGAAGAGGAACCCCGAUAGCAUCCAUGUGCCUGUGGCUACAUCGACCGAUUUUGUCAAUUGGACACUCCACGAAGGCUACGAUGCAAUGCCGACCCUUGGGACUUGGGAGAAGAAGGUCAACCACUGGGCGCCUGAUGUGAUUCAGCGUGACGAUGGCAAAUUCGUGAUGUACUAUUCCGGAGAAGUAAAGGAAAACUACGGAAGUCACCAUUGCGUCGGUGUGGCCGUAUCAAACGGCACCGAUCCUUUGGGUCCCUACAUCCCCAAAGACGCGCCGCUAGCCUGUCCACACAAACACGGCGGAGGCAUCGACCCCUCGCCCUUUCGAGACACCGACGGCACACUGUAUGUGGUGUACAAAGGCGACGGGAACAGCAUCGGACACGGCGGAAACUGUGGAAAUAGCAAGAAACCCCUUGUUUCCGUGCCGAUUCUGCUACAGGAGCUGGAAAGCGACGGUGUCACAACAGUUGGAGAUGCAGUGACUAUUCUCGAUAUCGAUGGCUCUGACGGGCCGCUCGUCGAAGCCCCCGACAUUAUCAUCAAUAACGGCACAUAUUACCUGUUCUUCUCUUCGCAUUGCUAUACUUCGUUCGGAUACAAUGUGAAAUAUGCCCAUUCAAAGUCCCUCAAGGGCUCAUAUACCAGGGCUGGUCGGCCGCUGCUGCAGACUGCUGAUUGGGGGCUUGAGGCGCCGGGCGGCGCGACGGUGUCGACGGAUGGAACUAAGAUUGUCUUCCAUGCUAACUGUGGUACUUUCCGGUGUAUGUGGGCUGGUGCUAUUGAUAUUCGAUCGAAUAACAACACGAUUGUUAUGACCGAACUCAAGUAG